AUGCUGACCGAAGAUGUUACACAUUGGCAGAAUCUUGAUCGGAGUCAUCGUGAAGAGAUGCGGUCUAAGUUACUCUCUGUGGCCUCUGGCCCAUCACCCUUGGAGAACGUUGCUCAGCUCAUUUCUGCUGUUGUCAUUAUCUUCGAACAUUCUUUCUACGUUUUCGACAAGCAGCGCUAUCUUCAGGACAAGCGGGAGUCUGUUCCCUCUUUUCGUAUCGCUCUCGAGCAGUACAUUGCGUCUCCGCAUGCAGCUGUUGUCAGGGAAGGUGUGAGUGCUGCCGUCCAGGCAUAUGAAGAUCCUGUGACAGCUGCUGCCCACGCAUAUGAAGAAGGCGUGACUGCUGCUUCCCGCGCAUAUGAAGACGCUAUGACAACUGCUGCCCACGCAUAUAAAGAAGAUGUCGGGAGCUUGCCUGCUUGGAGGGUGAAGUUACCGUUUGGACGUUUCAAGAAGGCAAAAGAAGCUUUCGAACGCUCUCGGGGGAAGGAGAAAGAAGCUUUGUGUUCACAGGCGAAGGUGGAGUUAACCAAGACUAUUCUUGAAAUCACUUUAAAUCAUCGGCUGCAAAGACCUUAA